UGACCCUAAACCCCAGGCAAUAGAAAAGCAAUCCAGUCGCGAUAUUUCCGGGUCCUGUGACUUAUCAGGUGGUUGCCCGGUGGGAGGAGAUGGGAGUUUAUGCUUUCUGUUUGAAUACGCUUCUCUCACCCGAAACGUGAAGCUUUCGAGCACUUCUCCAAACUGAAGGAAGUGGUCGCUUAGAGGUGGCAAAACUUUUUCUCAUUUAACUGACAUUUGGAGUUGCACUAACUGACAGCAUGGCAGGCGGGUCCGUGUCGGAGUGUAAGGAGUAUCUGUUUAAAGUGUUGGUGAUCGGGGAAUUGGGUGUUGGAAAGACGAGCAUCAUUAAACGAUACGUGCAUCAGCUUUUCUCGCAAAACUACAGAGCGACCAUAGGCGUGGAUUUCGCCCUCAAAGUCAUCAACUGGGACAGCAAAACACUAGUGAGGUUACAGCUGUGGGACAUCGCAGGUCAAGAACGCUUUGGGAACAUGACCAGGGUUUACUAUAAGGAGGCUGUAGGUGCGUUCGUGGUUUUCGACAUUACUCGAGGCUCUACAUUUGAGGCUGUUUCAAAGUGGAAGCACGAUUUGGACAGCAAGGUGAAACUAGCCAAUGGAACUCCAAUCCCUUCUGUCCUUCUGGCCAAUAAAUGUGAUCAGAAAAAAGAUGGAUCAAACAAUGCUUCUCUUAUGGACAACUUCUGCAAAGAAGCUGGAUUUCUGGGUUGGUUUGAAACAUCAGCUAAGGAAAACAUUAACGUAGAUGAGGCCGCCCGAUUCCUGGUGGAGAACAUCCUUCUCAAUGACAAAGGCCUUCCGUAUGAAGAGAUCAAUGGUGACCGAAUUAAACUGGACCAACAAACUGUGCCUGCUGAGAGCAAAUCAGGCUGUUGCUAAUGUAGAUGCACUUACCUGUCCCAUCAUACCCACAGUGGAAGCCGGAGGCCAGCGACUGAGCUAAAGAAAAUGCCACCUAACCUACACCACAAUCCCACCCUCCAUCCUUAUCUUAAAAAACACAAGAGAUAACCCCUGCCACGGGUCACAUACUGUAUAUCACAAGAGGCUUGUCAGUUUGUGCACCUGAAGAGGAGAUGGCACUGUGAAAGGAUAGAUGAAAAGAGAAAAACAUCUGAUAGCUUUAAAUGCCGUUUUUUCUGUGUCAUUCUUGGCCUGUGUCAGUUUUAUACCACAAAAUGCUAUGUUAUUUUAUGUCAAGCCGAUCAUAAAUGUAUGUAUGUUUUAAAAUUGAAUAUAAUGAAAAAAGGUAAAUCAAUGUCAUAGGUAGACAAAUACCAGUGUAUGUUUCCCCGCAAAACUGAAUGUUCAUUACACUAUUAAAGAAGGAAAGCAGUUUUUAAAGAAUAGCCCCCUCACAAAUAUUUCUGAAUUCUGUCAUUAUUUCCUCACCUUCAUUAAGAUUUAAUCUCUUUUGUGCAACACAGAAAAGUAUUAUUUAUUCCAGAAUGUCUUGUUUUUUUCCCAAUAAAAUUAAAAGAAAUAGUGAGUAAGACUAACAGUAUAGUAGUGCAAGUUACAUAGAUUACUUUAUAAUGUUUUUAUGGUACUUAUCUGUUCUGUUUUGGAGUGUACAGUCCUUGGUUUCCAUUAACUACUUAAUCUGUUUUAUACCGAGGCAUAUGAGAUUAGGGUGAGUAAAUAUAUAUUUUUGCAUAUAUUAUCUAUUCAGUGUACUCUUGAGCUGUACGCCUCCCUAACUGGGAAUAUCUUUAUCAAGUAUUGCCAAAAAAAGGUUCUCAUGAUGUUGCUUUAUGGCAAAACAGUAAAUUCACAUUUAGUGAAUGUAUGCUGAGAAGGUUACUUUAUUGAACUUUUACAAUUUGAAAAUCGUACAAACUUAGAAAACAAAACUAUACUCCAAUCGACGAAUGGGGGAAAUAUUCGGAUUUGUUCAUUUUGAACAAUGGUAGCCUACUGAAUGAGAGAUGUGGGCACCUGUGUUCAUGCCUUUAUAAUUCAAUGAGACAAAUAUGCCUGUUUCUUAAGAGUGAGAAUAAAUAAAACUGCUUUGUUAAAAUCUGCAA